CAACUAGAAUCCUCAUCAUAAACAAAAUGAAAACCAAAGUUAUCUCAAUAAUGGUUUCCUUUAUUUUUGUUGUUGUGCUAAUUGCUACUCCUCAUUCCGUUGCUGACAAUAUAUUCAUGCCUAGCGAGUUUGAAGAAGAGUUGAGUGUAAUAGGUGAUAAUGAAGUUGAACAACUUUUGGAGUCAUCAAAUUGGUUAAGUAGAAGAAAAACUAGUGUUGUAAGUGUGGAUAGUUUUGGUGCAGUCGGAGAUGGAACUACUGAUGAUACCCAGGCCUUUCUAAGUGCAUGGAACAGAGCUUGUACUACACACAAAUCGGUUUUCCUUGUGCCGAAAGGACGAAGUUAUCUAGUAAAGCCUGCAAGGUUUGUUGGGCCUUGUGUCGAUAAGUUAAUCAUUCAGAUUAAUGGAACGAUCGUAGCUCCUGAUGAACCCAGUGAUUGGGAUCAAAAGAGCCCAAAUAACUGGCUUGUGUUCUCCAAACUUAACAAAACAAUCAUCCAAGGUGGUGGGGUUAUAGAUGGUUCAGGGAGUAAAUGGUGGGCUGCUUCUUGCAAAAAGAACAAAGAAAAUCCAUGCAUAGCCGCACCAACGGCGAUUACGAUUGAUUCUAGUUCGGUGGUAGUGGUGGAGGAUCUUACAAUAAAAAACAGCCAACAGAUACAUUUUCAAAUAUACCGCUCUAAAACAAUUCGCGUUUUCAGGGUCCAAAUCUCAGCUCCAGGUGACAGUCCAAACACCGAUGGAAUCCAUAUUGCUGAAUCAACUGACAUUGUGGUCCAAAAUACCAAAAUUGGAACAGGCGACGAUUGCAUCUCAAUUGUGAAUGGUAGCUCCAUCAUUAAGAUGAAACACAUCUACUGCGGACCCGGCCAUGGAAUUAGCAUAGGGAGCUUGGGAAAAGACAACAGCAAGGAAAUGGUCACUGCCGUGGUUUUGGAUACAGCAGUUCUUAAAAAUACUACCAAUGGGCUUAGGAUUAAGACUUGGCAGGGAGGUUCCGGCUAUGUUCGAUCAGUGCGCUUUGAGAAUGUUCGGAUGAAUGAAGUAGAAAACCCUAUCAUCAUCGACCAGUUCUAUUGUGACUCGCCAGAUAGUUGCCAGAAUCAGACUGCGGCUGUAAAAAUAAGCCAAGUUAUAUACCGUAACAUCACUGGAACAACAACGAGUGAGAAGGCCAUCCAACUUGCUUGCAGUGACACAGUUCCCUGCAGCAACAUUAUCCUAAGCAAUGUCAACCUUCAGAGCAAGGAAGGAACGGCAGAGACCUACUGCAACUCUGCCACAGGUUCUAAUGAAGGUAUAGUUAACCCUUCUGCCGAUUGCCUAGAUUCUUCAAAUAAGGAUUCGUACUCUGACAUGACUACCGACUCUAACGUUGAAGAUCUUCAUGCGGAGCUGUGACUCAAAACUCAGGCAGAUACAAGUUACUGUUGUUUAGUAGAGAUGGUUAGUCGAAAGUCUAAUUAGAUGAUAUAUGCUGAACCUGACUUGUAGAAAGAAGAGUACACAUUACUAGUACUUAAACAACCAGAAACGUUUAAAUUGGAUGAGGUUAUCUUAUAAUGUACCACACAAAUAUCCUUAAUUGCUUGCAGAAUCUAUGUCAGUUGCGUU